AUGGCUGGACUUGAAGACAACGAGUCUGUGUCAACACUUGUGCUUCCCAGUGUCUCAGGAGAGGAUCAAGGGACAACCAGAGCUCAGUGUUGCUCGAGUCCGCCUGAUUCUGUUUUCGAGGACAGCGGGGUUCCAUUCUUCGCUGGAUUUUCAGAAGAUUUCACCGUGGAGCGUGACGUUAUACGCCCAGUGACUCCUCCACAAUCUCCUAAUUGGACAGUGCAUCACACUCCUGAAGCAGACAGUCACACUCGCCCCAGUUCUUCGCAUUGGAAGGACGCGUCGCAGUCUGACCCAAGGCCAGGCAUACUGAGGGUAGUCUCAGACGUGCGGACUAAGGUUGGGAAGAACGUGUGCAACACUCCUCCCAGAUCUCCUGCGAAGAAGAGCCUGCGUCAAAGCCUAGGUUCUUAUGCCAGCAAGUUGCGAAGAAGAGGCCAAUUGAUCAAGAAACUCAAGGGGCAUCAUCCGAGACGCACCGGUAGAAUCUCGAAGCAUGGAGAACUGCCAUUGCCGCAUCGUUCGGUUUUGCUUCCGGUCUCAAACUCAAAUCAAGCUCCUGAACCUGGACAAGGACACUCUAGGUACUCAAUCAGCGGUGACCUAAACGUGACUGCUUUGUCACCUGGGGGCCAAGUGCAGAGGACCCGCCAGGCAGUGGAUUCAAGCAGAGGGGGCAGCGUUCGCUCGUCUCUGUUAGCUUUCUGGGACUGGCUUGUUUAUGCACCUGAGAACACAACCCCAGUCCCCACGCAGCAACACGAAAGUGAAAAACAUGCCAGACAUCUCACCUCUCAGACACCUUCUUCUACUUCACCUUCUCACCAUCUUACUCCUCCUUGUCCUCUUGAACUUAAUACGUUCACCACUGCUACUUCGUUGUCAAAAGACAAACAGAUCCCUACACCUUCUCCGCUAUCACAAGAAAAAUCUCCCAUUGUAUCCCCACUGAAAAUUAUUCCACCUCCUGGCUUUUCUGCAAGAGAAAAACCUCUGCACCACCGUAAGACAAACCUUCACAGGAUGGCUGCCGACAAGCUUUCAAUUGAGGAUCCCUUCCAGGAUCCUCGAACUCCUGAAAGACGUUACACCGGGCCAUUUGGCACUACCCUUAGUGAAGGCAUGAAAGAGGCAUAUGAAAUUGCACCAUCCAUGAAAAGCUUCUUCAUGGAGAGUAAAUCAGAAAGUUCAUGCGGGAACGUCAAUCAUGACGAUGAAGAAAACUUGUUACUCUCUCAGAGACGUGAGGCCUCAGCCUCUCGCUCUACCUCGUAUUCCAUCGAGAGUAGCAAGCGCUCUCGGAUCCCGAUGGCUAGCUACCACCUCAGAGCACCGGCAGGGCCAUCUUCGCUGGGAAAAGAGAUGCAGACUCCCAGCACACAUCGCAGUGCGAUACCUGUGCCUGUUCAAAAACGCAGUGCAUCGUCUCCUGCUCGUGCCUAUGAAGCCACACUUACAGAGCCAUGUACCGGAAAAGCUCCAUUUAUUAAUGCUCCUUCCGCUCUAAGUACCCAGUCAUCAGAGGGGCUGUUAGGUGCUACUACGUCCAAUUUCGUACCUGCUACCGAGAGAGGACAUGCUAUCUCCACCUACUUGUCUGAUGAUGAUUGGAAUUUCGACGAGGAGACGCCGAAGCCACGACGUACCGUCUAUACCGGCGAGUAUCGUACCCCUGUGGCCGAGAGAACUGCCCAGCGUAUUCAUGGUCCUAGACUGAGAAUCUCUUCGUCCGCAGAUGAGAUGUUGAGAGGUACAGGAUUACAGUCUGUUGGAUACAUCUCAAGCCAAGGAUCUGACUCUGGAGAGUACAAAUCGAUUGAUAAGUCAUCUUCAUUCGAAAGAGGACAAGAUGGCAUUGGUGAUACUGCGGGCAAUUGUUGCCACCCCGUCAAUUCGAAUGAUCAAGAAGGCUUCGAGUUAUGCGAGGAAACUCAAGGGUUGGGUGAAGAGACUGAGGUUCAUGAAAGCAUGUCAGCGGCUCCUGCCCCGAAGAGCGUGCUGUCAGAGAAGAUCCGGUCACAGGCUUCGGUGACAAAAGCUUCUCCUAUCGGAUUGCAGGAAAUUGACACUCUGCUUCCCGUCGCAUCUUCAUACCUGAAGAAGGAACGAGAUCAGACUCCGCCCAGUAAUGAAAGCCAUCACGAUACUCAGCACAUUGAGGAUUCUCACAUUGGUCCUACAGUUGAAUCUUUCAGAGUUCAAAGAAUUCACGCAGCUCUUCAUUCACACCCCGUCAGACCGUCAUCAGUGGAGGCUAUGUAUGAGUUUCCAAUCCAGGGCACUGGUCUUCUCAAAUCGAAACCUUCAAACGGAACCGAUCAAGCUGCGACAUUCAACAAAAUCUUGUCUAAGACUAUUGAGAACCAGAAUACCUAUAUCGACGUAAGGGUACAGAAUUCUGCCCCACGCAGUGAGAGAAAGACUACUUUCAGUAUUCGAAACAUGUUCAAGCCUCGCGCUGGUGCUCAUAAGGAGCUCAUAAAUCCCGACAAUGGUGGCAGCACUCGAAAGACUCCCAUAACUGCGAAACCGAUUCGGAAGGCCGUGAGUAGCAAGAACCUGGGCGCUGCCAUGAAGCCAUCGGGCCUUGGAUGGAGCAUAACUCAUUCACGCAAGACUCACACCAGCCAAAUCUCGAAUCCGAUACAGAUACCUCUCGAGCGGCUUCCUGCUGGCUAUAAACCUCUCCCUGGCCCCAGCACUCCUAAUCUGGUGAACGUGGAACGAAACAUGCCUACAAAUCCCAGGAUCCACACGCCCACAGUCGCUGGGUCCCGAUCACGCAGACACGUUGUCACAGCUUUCAGUGGAAGUCCUUACCUUGCCAGCCAAACGUCGGAUCCUUCAAGCAAGUCCAUCCUGGGCGCAGCUUCUCCUUCGAGGAUCCCUGUCCCCGUCACCCAUGUUGGGGUUCAAACAGAGAACAGGCUUGUCAAUCAAGGUGGCGGUGUGCACGAUGGAGUGCUUGAUCACUUCAUCAAGAAGUACGGGAGGGGGGCUAUGACCCCCCCCCAGCGCGACACCUUUUUGCGGCACCUCGAGGGCGUCGGGGCUGCCCAGAAAGCCCUGGACGAGGCAAUUGCCUCGAAAGACAAGAGGCAGUCAGAGAAGGAGGCUGCUGAGGAAGCCCUCGAGCUGCUCGUACAACAGCUCGAGGGCUUCCUCAGCUAG